AUGUCUCCGUCUCUGGCCAGAUCUGCUCCGAGCGAGCUCAACCAUUGGUGGAGCCAGCUGAGGUUUCGCCUUCAGAACAAGAAAGGAUGGAACGAGAUGUUGGAUGAGACGUUUCUACUACACACCAAAUUCAUAAAUGACAUUCCUCUCUUCUAUGCGGCUAAGAAGAACAGCGUUGGCUGCAUCAAGAAACUGCUGAGUUGUCCAUCCACGAACAUCUUUGAGAGAGGAGCUCUCGGGGAGACCGCGCUCCAUGUUGCCGUGAUGACCGACAACCUGGAAGCUGCUGUGGCUCUGAUGGACGGAGCUCCUGAACUCAUCAACGAGCCCAUGACGUCCGAGCUCUUCCAAGGUGUGACUGCUCUCCACAUCGCUGUCGUGAAUCAGAACAUCAACCUGGUUCAUCACCUGAUCGGUCGGGGGGGCGACGCGGCUACACCUCGAGUCACCGGCCUCUACUUCAGGAAGAGGAUAGGGGGGCUCAUAUACUACGGUGAGCACAUCCUGUCUUUUGCUGCGUGUGCCGGGAAUGAGGAGAUUAUCUCCAUGGUAAUCGACGCCGGGGCCAGCACCAGGGUCCAGGACUACCGUGGAAACACCGUGCUUCACAUAUUGGUUCUGCAGCCCAACAAGACGAUUGCGUGCCAGGCCAUUGACCUGAUUAUGACACGCGAUGUGGAGCUGGACCAGUCAGUGCCGCUGGACAUGGUGCCCAACUACCGAGGCCUCACACCCUUUAAAAUGGCUGCCAAAGAGGGAAACGUUGUUGCGUUCCAGCACCUGGUUAAUAAAAGGCGUGUGGUCCAGUGGAGCCUGGGCCCUCUGACCUCUAACCUGUACGACCUGACGGAGAUCGAUUCCUGGGCCGACGACAUGUCAGUGAUGGAGCUCAUCGUGGGCAGUCCCCAGAGAGAGGCUAGAAGGAUACUGGAAGUGACCCCUGUGAGGCAGCUGGUUAGUCUGAAGUGGAACUUGUAUGGAAAACAUUACUUCAGGCUGCUGCUGUUACUGUACCUGCUGUACAUCGGGACCUUCACACUGUGUUGUGCGUACCGCCCUCUGAAGGACGCUCCGGAGAACUACACGCAGUCAGACAUGGACAAAACUAUCCGGGUCCAGAAAACCCUCCAGGAGAGUUAUGUGACACAUAACGACAACCUGCGGCUGGCGGGCGAGAUCAUCAGCAUCCUGGGAGCUUUUGUCAUCCUGUUGCUGGAGAUCCCUGAUAUACUAAGAGUGGGGGCAAAGCGCUAUUUCGGCCAAACAGCACUGGGAGGCCCGUUCCACGUUAUCCUUAUCAGCUACGCAUGCCUGGUGGUGCUGCUGUGUGUGUUCAGGGUCUGCGAGGUGCAGGGGGAGGCUGUGGUGAUGGCAGUGUGUUUAGUUCUCGGCUGGUGCAACGUCAUGUUCUUCGCCCGGGGUUUUGAAAUGCUCGGCCCUUAUGUCAUCAUGAUCCAGAAGAUUAUAUUUGGAGACCUGACUAAGUUUAUGUGGCUGAGUUUCAUUGUGCUCAUUGGUUUUUCCACCUCCCUGUGGAUGGUGUAUAUGACCCAGGAGCCUGACUCCAUUCCUGCAUAUCGCUCCUUCCCCAUCACCCUCUUCUCCCAGUUUGAGCUCAGCGUGGGCCUCAUAGAUCUGCCUGUGGAUCACACCAUCGCGACUCCCCCGAUCGUCCAUGUGCUGCACUGCACCUUCUCCGUGGUCUCCUACAUCCUCCUGCUAAACCUACUGAUAGCUAUGAUGAGUGACACACACUGGAGGGUGGCCCAGGAGAGAGACGAGCUCUGGACGACUCAGGUGGUAGCCACAACGUUGAUGCUGGAGAGGAGGCUGCCCCGCUGCUUGUGGCCUCGACUCGGGGUGUGUGGGCUCAGCUACGGUCUGAGGGAACGCUGGUAUCUGAGGGUUGAGGACAGAAAUGACCCGAUGUUGCAAAAGAUGCGGCGUUACGUCAAGGCUUUCGAGGAGAAGGAGGGAUUGGAGAAGACGGAGACAACGAAGAGGUCCAACUCAGGAACCCCCAAGCUCAGACCUAAAAACCACAGGAGGUCACUGGCCGGGUGGCAGAUGAUUCGCCACAGCGCGUUGGGGCUGGAGAUGGAGCAGGAAGAGCCGGAGGAGGACCAGGGCAUUAAGUAUGUUUAGGAAGCGAUGCUGAUGGAGAGCAGUCUCGUCUCACGCUGAACAUACGAACACGUGAAGUGAUGAACAAACUUGCACGACGAAGAGUUGGUUGACUCAAUCCGCCUAUAAUAUAUUCAACUGUGCAAUUAUGCCUGCAGUAUUAUGCUAAAGAAGAGUGUGUU